AUGAUGCUUAAGCGAAAGAUUCGUUUAAUCUUGUUAGUUAUACUAAUCUUUUUAGGUAUAACAUUGUCAGUUGAUGGUAUAAUGAAGUUUCAACUCAAUAAAAAGGUAGAUUAUUAUCUCAAAUUCUUCGACAAGAACAAAGAUAAGAUCGACAAUAUGUAUGAUCCUUUGAAUAUCAAACAGAUACCUUUUUCUGCCAUUGAUCAGCUAUUCAAAAAGAGAAGCAGCGAAACAAAACCAAUCGAAUGGGAUAAAUAUGCAUACGUCAACUAUGUUACGGACUCAAACUACCUAUGUAAUACGUUGCUUCAGUUUACCAAGUUGCGUGAUGCUGGAAGUGAAGCAGAUUUAGUUGCAUUGAUAACCACUAGUUUAUUGAAAAAGGCUAACGAAAAUGAGAGCCUAGGGCUCUUAUUACAAAAAAUUAAAGGGGUUUCCGAUAGAGUUAAAGUACAAGAAAUUGAACCAGUAGUACAACCGAAUGAUCAUACUCCUUGGAGUAAAAGUCUUACAAAAUUAGCUAUUUUCAACCUAACGGACUACGAAAGGAUUAUCUAUAUGGACAAUGAUGCCAUGAUCCACGACAAGAUGGAUGAACUAUUCUUUUUACCAUCUUAUGUUAAAUUUGCUGCUCCUAUUUCCUAUUGGUUUGUUAACCCAGAAGGUUUAGCGACGGCUCGCACUGAUAUUAAAAAGCUUUACAAGAAUAAUAAACUAGAUCCAAUUGAAAAGAAAAUCAUCAGUAGGGUGAAAAAUUCUUUGCCAAUCUAUAACCAUCUCCCCAAUUUACCCCAGCAUUUUUACUCCAAGUCAAUGAAUUUCAUCAUCGACAUAGACGGAUUUCAGAAGUCAGACAAUAAAGUUAAAUUCGCUACACAUUUUAUGGUAAUAAAGCCUGAUGCAGAUUUGGCAAAUAAUAUUAGAGACAACAUUCUUCCGAAAUAUGUGAAGGCAAAAGAAUCUUAUGAUAUGGAUUUGAUCAAUGAUGAGCUUUACAAUUUCAAAGAAUUGAUAUAUUACCAGUUCAAAAUAUUUAGGAAGGUGCAACACUUAUUCGAGCCAAGCGUUUUGGUAUUGCCUUACACAAAAUAUGGGUUAUUAACAGGUUCUAUAAAUGACAAGCGGUCGCAGGAAAUUUUAAAAAACGGGAUUAUAGGGUAUGAUCGAGCUGAAAGUGAUUCUAUCAAGGAUGCAAAGUUCAUUCAUUUCAGUGACUAUCCAUUGAGUAAACCAUGGCUUUAUUCUAGUACAGAUGAUAUUCAAUGCAAACAUGAUGGAUACAGUGAGGAAAUGUGCAAAUAUUGGAAGUCACUUUACUCUGAGUACUUGGAGAAAAGUGCAAUGUGUGGAGUUUAA